AUGCUAUUGUCAUCCUUAUUCAUUACUUUUAUUGUCGCCAUUUCAACUGAUGCGGCAUUUGUUUGUCCGAGACCAAAUGGUUUUUUUAGUGAUGCAUCAUCAUCAAAGAUGUUUUAUCACUGUUUCAAUUCGAUUCCAUAUCAUAAACCAUGUCCUUCUGGAUUGUCCUGGUCACAAGUUCGAGAACGAUGUGUUUUUAUGUCUUCUCCAAUUGAACCAGUUGAACCAGUAGAAGAAAUAACAAAUGGUUGUUCUAAAGGAAAUCCAUGUCAAAAUGGUGGCUCAUGUGAACCUUCGGGCAAAGAUGAUUUGUUUUGCUUAUGUACGGAAAAUUAUUAUGGCUCUCGAUGUGAACAUGUUGGUGAAGGAGCUGAUUUAAGUAUAUUAGAAAGCAUUAUCAGUGGAAAUAAUAAUAAUUAUGAACAUGUUGUUGAAAAUGUUCUUAGUAGAAAUAAUUGGACUGAUAUUUUGGCUGUUGUUGAUGUAACGGGUUCAAUGCAACCAUGUGCAGCUGCUGUUUAUAAAUGGAUGAAAUUAUCUCAAGAUAAAACAAAGAAUAUUAGAUAUUAUGUAUUCUUUAAUGAUGGUGAUGACAAAUCAAAUUUAGCUAAGAAAAUUGGUUCAACUGGUGGUAUUUAUGAUAUGGCUGCUAAUAAUCUAAAUAAAGUCUUAGCAACAAUGCAAUCGGCAAUGAAAAAUGGUAAUGGUGGUGAUAUUCCAGAAAAUGAUAUUGAAGCAAUUCUACACGGUAUUGAAAUGUGUCCUACAUGCACGAAUAUUAUUCAUAUUGCUGACAAUAGAGCAACACCACGUGAUUUAGUUUUAUUAAGUCAAGUAAAAAAACCUGUUAAAGUUUUGACUUGUCAAGUUGAUGUAGCUGGUGUAAAUCCUCAGUUAUUAAAUAUUGCUGAUAAGACUAGUGGAUCAUUGCAUACACUUGAUGAAGAUGUUGUUAAUUUAUCAGCAAUUCCUGUUGGUGAAAAAAUUACCAUUGGACGACGUACUUAUCGACGUACAUCAAGUGGUUUCGUUGUGGUUUAG